AUGACACUCCUUUCCUGGUUAGAUGUGAGUACAGGUACGAAUGCGAUUGCGUUGAUAUCGUUUUGGAUUGGUCUGCUGGGUUUGGCCGUCUUUUUCAGUUUGCCUCCUCCUUCCGCCAAGAAAAAGAAGAAUCGGCUUUUGGCCGCCAAUGCGCAACCGCCAAAGUCUCUGAUUGUCUGUGAUGGUUGUGCGCACGUUGGUAGUAGUAGUAGUAGUAGUACUAGUAGUCCAUCUAUGCGAUGCGGCAAGUGUCACUGUGUGUACUAUUGCAGUCAAGACUGUCAGAAACGGCAUUGGAAGUAUCACAAGAAAGAUUGUCAGUCGGUUCAGGACAAGUUAGUGUUGUUGUAUAACAACAAUGACAAUGACAACACUACUAGUAGUAGUAGUAAUAGUAAGGACAAGAAGAAAGCAUGUCCCAUUUGUGAAACAGAAGAACCACAAAUGGUGCAUCCCGUGACUCUGUCCAAUUGUGGUCAUGUCUUUUGUGUGCCUUGCUUGCAACGGUAUCAAGACUUGCAUCAACCACCCAUGAUCACUGAAAACGACAAAAUCAAGUGUCCGUGCUGUCGUACUACUACUACAAGUACUACGACCAGUCGCGACACGCUCCUCUCCAAGGCACUCCUCUACACGGCUCGGGCCAGUUGUCAUUGGCAAACGAAUAAUACAAAAGACGACGACCACGACGACGACAAGAAGGUAGAAGCAGCGUGUCAAUUGGCACUCUUACAAUUGCAACAACUCGAAUCACCAACGUGUGAUCAAGACACGUUGCAAGCCAAUUACAUUGCUUCGCAGAUUGCCACAGUGCGAGGCGAUUACAAGCAAGCCAUGCUAAUUGUAGAACAAAACUUGCGCAUUUGGCAAUCUGGUGUGGAGCGCAAGAAACAGGUCGAUGCACUCAUGAAACAAGGACGGGUAUUGAGUGAAUCUUCUAGUGAGACUAGUAAAAACAACAAGAACAACAACAAGACUACGGACGAUGAGUCGGACGACGACGAGGGUGCAAUCGAUGAAACUACGUAUCAAAAAAUGCAACAAGUCCAGAAUCAAAUUCUAGAAAUCAUGAAUCAGGGAUCCCUCCUUGCCCUCGAAACCGAUCUCAUCGAGUGUCGGCUCCAAAUGCUGGACAUACUCACGCACCAACAAGACUGGGAUACGGCAGAAUCCCUCUAUCAGCAACUCAUGACGGACUAUCCGAAACAAUCCCAGUUGACGCCACGGCAACAACGACGGGUUUUCAUGGGAUUCAGUCGUUGUCUCUACGAACACGGCAAUUAUCAAGGUGCUAUUAAUCUGGGACAAGCCGCACUCGAUACACAACAACAUAAUCGACACACGCCGGGAAUUCACCAAUACGUGGCAUUGUCCCAUCAACAAUUGGGCCAGUUGGAACAAGCACAAGCCGUCAUGGGACGGGCCGUCUUGUACGAAGGCCAUGAUGAUCCAAUCCACCAACAGCAAGUCUACGCGCUCUGGAGGAAACUCAUGGAGGAAUGA